GUCACUUUUUGGUCACAUGACUGUACAUCCGCCCUGUGUGACUGUUGCUGUGUGGCAGCUAUGACAACGAACUUUCAAAAGUUGGAUGAAUGGCUUCAAUGAAGAAGAAGCUUUCCUCUUCUAAGGUGCAUCACAAGUCUCUGAAAUGUACCGUAUAUUUGGACAUUCAGACAGUCACAUGUCCAGGAGUGUUCCUGACUAGAAACAACAAUAUCUACCUCAGUGUGUGUAUCAUGGGCCAGUACAGGAAGACUCCCUGUUUGCCACCUGCAUUCCCUUUACUCUUCCAACACAGAAUGGUAUUUGUCAAGACUUUUCCCAGUGUUGUUGACCCUGCUGAUGUAGCUGACCUCCUGGAAGCUGACAUAACAUAUUUUGAGCUGAUUCAGUUGGUGCCUCCAGAGGGUGAGGUCCUAGCAACAAUGGAGGAGAGCAGCAGAGAUUUUCUGUACCCUGGUCCCAGACUGAGCUCCAGAGAAGGAGUGGCAGAGAGAGAAAUACUGAUGAAGAGAUCCUCCUCCUUUCCUGGAAUCUCCCCCAAAGUGGAGUUUGCCACGACAUCAGUCAUAGAAGAGAUUGAUGGGAGAGACCGCUUUUCUGCCUCACCUACUUGCUGUCUUUCUCCAGUGAGGCCAUCUUUAACCCCAUCCACACAGAGUUCUGCAAAAAAGUAUUCACCAUCCAGCAGGCAUUUUUCCAAAAUAGAAGAUACGAACUGUUUCUCUUGGAAACGUGGGACGGAAAGGCUAGAUGUUGAGGCAAGAAUAACGAACUCUGCACCGACCUCAACAUCCAGACGCUCCCCUUCUUCAUCCCCAUCUGGCCGAAGUCCCCAGAAUAAAAAUAGGGAGAGAAAACACUCUUCUCCUAGAGUUUCUGUAGACUCUGGCUACCAGCAGCCCACAGUUUCCUCACAGACACGAGCCUUGUCCCCUUACACCCAUCGCAAGAUGUGCCAGCUUUCAGAGGACGCCACGCAGAGGCUUAGCCAUCUCCAGCUGGGGCCUCACCACUUCAGGAAGGAGACUGAGAGCCAGCCGCCCUUCUUGGUCCCUCGUUGCAGUAGUGUCUCUGUGAUUGGAGCUCCUUCCUCCUCUCCACAGAAUAAUAGCAUGCGUCGACACUCAGUCAGCGUCACAGCUGAUCACACAGAUUCUUCUUUCCUGGGGAGUUACAGGCCAAGACCAGCCACACCCUGUGACCUCUUCCAGGUGAAGUCGGGUUCUGUGAGGGUCCAGUCAUCUCCAGAGACACAGUCCAGACUUGAAGCCCAGAUCAGAAGCCCUGUGAGAGGUGCUGCCUUAGCUCAGUCCACCCUGGCCGUGUCAAACGCCAGAAGUCCUCUAAAUCUCAGCCAUUCCCUCAGAGAAAGGCUCCAGACCAGUCCAUCCUACUGCGAGCAGAUCCACAGCCGAGUCCAGAGAAUUCUGCAGACACACAAAACCACCUGGGGACCACCAAAUGACCUUUGACCUUUAACUUCCUGAUCUGUCCACAAGGUGACCAAUAACAGGUUACAAUACAGACUACUCA